AUGGCGAUGCUAUUUGGCUUCGGACAAUCAGCAGAAAUCCAGAUUCGGCUCUCGAACGAGGAUAGUCGGAAAGUGGUGAAGGCGCGCGGCGACGAUGGCAAUCUGCAUGACAAUUUUCUCUACUACGACGGUGAAUCGGUGGCAGGAACAGUGCAUAUUAAUUUGAAGAAGGCGAAUCACAAAUUUGAGCAUCAAGGAAUCAGAAUUGAGUUCAUUGGGCAAAUCGAGGUGUACUAUGAUCGUGGAAAUCAGCAAGACUUCAUUUCGCUGACUCGUGAGCUGGCUCGUCCCGGUGAUCUCACACAGAAUGCACAGUUUCCGUUUGAGUUCAAUAAUGUUGAGAAGCCGUUUGAGACUUAUAUGGGAACCAAUGUCAAGCUGAGAUACUUCCUCCGGGUUACUGUAAUCAGAAGGCUCACAGACCUGACAAAGGAAAUCGACCUAGUUGUUCACGCCCUCAGCAGCUAUCCUGACAAUGAUAAAUCGAUUAAAAUGGAAGUUGGAAUCGAGGAUUGCCUUCACAUCGAAUUCGAGUACAACAAGAACAAAUAUCAUCUUCAGGAUGUGAUCGUUGGGAAAAUCUACUUCCUUCUGGUUCGUAUCAAGAUCAAGUACAUGGAGAUUGCGAUUCUAAAAACGGAAAUCGUCGGAUCCGGACCCAACACUUUCAAAGAGUCGGAGACAGUUGCGAAGUUUGAGAUUAUGGACGGGGCGCCUGUUCGUGGAGAAUCCAUUCCAAUUCGGCUGUUCCUGGCUGGGUACGAUUUGGCACCAUCGAUGAGAGACGUUGGAAAGAAGUUUUCAGUCAAGUACUUCUUGAAUUUGGUGCUGAUCGAUGAGGAGGAUCGCAGAUAUUUCAAGCAACAGGAAGUGACCCUCUGGCGAAAAGCUGACAAAGCGAUGCGUCGUCCAGGAUCAGACGAUGAGGAGCCACAGACAAGUAUCCCAGGAACCCAAAAGUUCACAGCUCCUUCUAUCGAACAUCCGAAGCCAGAAUCCCCGAGAUCCGAUCCAAAAAGUGGAUCCACGAGUCCUGAUGAUAAUUCUGAUUCUUCAUAA